AUGGCCUUCAUUCAUACGGUUGUAUACGAGAUGGUUUUCCUAGAGUUGGGAUGCUUAAGAGUCCGCUUCCUCUCUAGGAAACUUCUUUCAGAUUAUGAUAAGGAUCCUGCCAUCUGGGAAGAAAAGAAAUCCAAAGACUAUCUGGCAAUUGGAUGGGUAGUCAUAUCAUUAACAGAUACUUCCUUGAAGGUGUGGCAGUGUGGAGGGAAGAUCGAGGUUUCGCCCUGCUCCCGGAUUGGUCACCUAGAGAGACACCACAAGCCCUAUGCCUUGGAUCUGACCCCUGCCUUAAAGCGCAAUGCUCUGCGAGUGGCCGAAAUCUUCAUGGAUGAGCACAAACACAUGGUCUACUUGGCCUGGAACAUACCUCUCCAGAACUCCGGAAUAGAUUUUGGGGACAUUUCUUCCAGAAUGGCACUCUGGGAAAAACUGAAGUGUAAAACUUUUGACUGGUACCUGAAAAAUGUUUACCCACUCUUGAAGCCAAUACACACCAUCAUAGGCUAUGGGACAGGUCUCCUGCUGGCUGCUGAUGCCAAUGGUGAGUCCUCUGCCCUCUUUUACUACGUCUACUAUCACCUAACUGGGGAGCUUUAUGUGGGACAACUGAUUGCAGAGGCCAGUGAUAGUGAUUGCGUGAUAGUGAUCUUGACAGAUCCUGGCAAGGCAGAGGAGAAGCCCGCCUUAGAACCAUGCUCCAAGGCAGCUACAGAUGGACUGCACAUAUAUUGGGAUUUUAAACAGGGAGGAGCUGUCAUGAACAGGGAUACCAAGCGGUGUCUGGAGAUGAACAAGGACCCUUCGGGUAGCCACGUGUUUGUGCUCCAGACCUGUACCACGCAAGUGUGGGAAAUCCCCACCAUCAGAGACUGGGAUCGGACUAACAGCCAGUGA